AUGAGCAAAGGCCGCCCAGAUUUAAGAAUGGAGAUGCCAGAUGAGUUCUACAUCCCUAUUCCCCUAGAAACCAACAACAUAACAGCAUUGAGCCCAUUCCUGGUACCCCAGACACAUUUGGGCACUCCGGGCAUCUUUAUGAGUAUGUCAGCCUUUAUGUUAUUCACAAUUAUUUUCGGCUUUCCCCUCAACAUGUUGACCGUCAUCUGCACAAUCAAGUAUAAGAAGCUUCGCUCACACCUUAACUACAUUCUGGUAAACUUGGCGGUUGCCAACCUUGUAGUAGUCUGCUUUGGGUCUACCAUGGCAUUCUACAGCUUCUCUCAGAUGUAUUUCUCUCUGGGAACCUUGGCAUGCAAAAUAGAAGGCUUUACAGCAACACUGGGAGGAAUGGUCAGCCUGUGGUCUUUGGCUGUAGUGGCCUUUGAAAGGUUCCUGGUGAUCUGCAAACCUAUGGGAGCCUUCACAUUCCGGGAGACCCAUGCUGUAACAGGCUGUGUCUUGACAUGGGUGAUCGCCCUAGUGGCAGCCACACCCCCACUGCUGGGCUGGAGCAGGUACAUCCCUGAAGGCUUGCAGUGCUCCUGCGGACCAGACUGGUAUACCAUAAACAACAAAUGGAACAAUGAAUCCUAUGUGCUUUUCCUCUUCUGCUUCUGCUUUGGAUUCCCUCUGACCAUCAUUGUGUUUUCAUAUGGACGCCUGCUCCUCACCCUCCACGCUGUUGCUAAGCAGCAGGAGCAGUCGGCUACCACCCAGAAAGCUGAGAGAGAGGUGACCAGGAUGGUGAUAAUGAUGGUUGCUGGUUUUCUUGUAUGCUGGCUCCCCUACGCCUCAUUUGCCCUAUGGGCUGUGACUCAUCGUGGGGAGCUGUUUGACCUACGUUUGGCUUCUAUUCCAUCUGUAUUUUCCAAGGCAUCUACAGUCUACAACCCAUUUAUCUACAUCUUAAUGAACAGACAGUUCCGUACCUGCAUAAUGAAGUUUAUCUUCUGUGGGAAGAAUCCAUUGGGUGAUGAUGAUGAUGCUUCUGCCUCGGCUGGGUCUACUCAGGUGUCUUCAGUUUCUAGUAGCCAGGUUGCUCCAGCAUAA